AUGCUACGGAAACGGAGACCUCGGAUCAGGCAACAAAAACCCCACAAGGCAUUAAAGCUAUCAAAUGAGAGUCAUGUCUUUUAUUCCAAAGCUGUUUCUCUGUUUACCUUCCGAUUCUGCGGCCUAUCCCCAAUACCCCCAUCGAACAUCGAACACCACUUUCCUGGCUUAUUAGCGUGGUGGAAACCAAGUAUGAGCCUGGGAAAUGGCAUGUCUUUGCUAAGGUCGACUCUAAUGCCAUUUCUAUACCCCACGUUGUCAAGCUCCAUACGUAACUCAGUUUCCGCGGCCGCUUCAAGCCGCAAAUUAGUGCGGUAUUCCUCUGAGGGCGCUGGACGUCUUAACGGCGCCGUACAUGUACUCGGCGAGACCAGAUUUUCCCACCAGGCGAUAUUAGCCACAGGCAAAUCCGUGGAUAAGAACCACUUAAAUCCCUCUCCGUCUGAUUAUUCCCGCUCGAUUUUCCAGGACCGCUGCACAUUAACACUCCACGCUGGGUCGGGGGGGAACGGCUGCGUUUCAUUCCUCCGAGAAAAGUAUAUUGAUGACGGACCCGCAAACGGAGGAGAUGGCGGGAGCGGAGGAAACAUAUUCAUACAGGCGGUUGAGGGUGAAACCAGUCUCCACAAGCUGGCUCGAAGAGGAAUAAUCAAGGCUGGACAUGGUCGAAGUGGCCAAGGGAAGUCUCGCGGAGGGCAGCGAGGCAAGGAUGUUCUGUUACAGGUGCCCGUAGGAACUGUCAUCCGCGAGAUCGGGCGGCUUGAUCCUUUGGUUGAGGAAGAGCGUCGGUUGGCACAACUUAUCCGUGAAAUUGGAAAAGAGAAGGGAAUGCGCGCUGCAUCGGAGCGCCGGGAACGAUGGGUCUUUUAUCCUGGUUCGCAGCCUUCAGAUUUUCUCACAGAAGACUUUCCAGUGCUACCACCAGCCCGUCGCUCGGCGCUAGCUACUUCUCAACCUAAAAAGCCUAUAUACCUUGAUCUCUCAGAGCAUAUGCCAGAACCGAUAUUGCUGGCCGCAGGGGCGGUCGGUGGUCUAGGAAAUCCGAAUUUUGUAUCCAACACAAACACAAAACCCAGGUUUGCAACCAGGGGUGAAAAGGGUCUCAAGCUAGAGCUUGAGUUCGAGCUUAAAUUACUGGCUGAUGUUGGUCUUGUUGGUUUACCAAAUGCUGGGAAAAGUACCCUACUUCGUUCAAUUACGAACAGUCGGACACGGGUUGGAAAUUGGGCAUUCACUACGCUCUCGCCGAAUAUCGGGACCGUUGUGAUUGAUGAUCACUCUGGACGUCCUUUUCUCGAGUCAAAACCCGGGCAUCCUCGGCGAACCCAUUUCACCAUCGCAGAUAUUCCAGGGUUGAUAGAGGGAGCACAUUUGGAUAAGGGCCUUGGUCUUGGCUUCCUUCGCCACAUCGAACGAGCAGGAAUCCUCGCGUUCGUCAUUGACCUGAGCGCGGGCGAUGCUGUACAAGCGCUAAAAGGGCUUUGGCGGGAACUAUAUGAGUACAACCGCCUUCGAGAGAGGAAAUUGAACAUCCAAGCAGAGGAGCGGUUAGUUUCGUGGAUCCCACUAGAUGCCCACCCUCCAGAGCAAUUCCUCGAUGAGUUCGGCGCACAGCACCUAACACCACCCACCUUGACUCCAUCAAAACGAGACGUCUCUGCCAAGAAUCUUCCCCCUAUGUAUACAAAGCCGUGGUUUGUCAUCGCGACCAAGGCGGACCUUCCAGGAACGCAGGAGAACUAUAUAGCCUUGCGUUCUUAUCUGGAAGAAGUCGAAAAGGGAAAUGUGGAACAUCCAUCCGGCCAGCCAAAUGCGUGGCGAGGCAAGUUGUAUUCCAUCCCUGUUAGCGCUAUCAAUGCGCAAGGAGUCAAUUCCAUACCGGAGAGAGUUGUUCGAUUGUUAGACGGCUAUUGA